AUGAUUGCUCUUCUCAUCCUCCUUGUCUCCGGAGUCUCCGCUGAAAUUAAAGUCGAUUUCAACUGCACCAACUACGUUGGGGACGGUACAAUCACUUUCGGAUAUGCUCCAAGUGCUACCAUCUGCAACAACGUCAUUUCCGAUGCUUCCUGUGAUGCUCUCUAUGCUCCAGUGACGGCUGGCGAGUACCCAGGUCCUGGACUUGACAUCGAACGUCCAUUCAAUUGUUACACUGCCACUGCCACUUCUGGAGGAGCGUUCAGUGCUGAUAUGAAGAAGGCUGCCAUUGAUUCUUGCCCAAAAUCCUGUGGAUAUUGUUGUCAAACCAGUGCUUAUAACUGUAGAAAUGUUCAAUUCCCGCGUCUCAACUGCAAUACUAUCACUGCUUCUCAAUGUCGUGACGUUAACUGGAGAGUCAUCAUUGCUGCUGAUUGUCCAUCCGCGUGUGGAUUCUGUAACGAAGGAGGAUGUGUGGAUGGAGUCCUUGACUGUGCCAAUGAUAUGUCCAUCUGUAACACCGUUGGAUUGCAAGACUUUGUCAACACCUAUUGUCAAAAGACUUGUGCCAGAUGCUCUUCUACCACUGCAGCCUCCACUGGAACUGGAACCGGUACAUGCACUUCAUUCAUUGCUGAUUCCAGCACCUCUUGCCGUGCUUGGGCAGGAAAUGGAUUCUGUACCAACACAUUCUACACAUCUGCCCAGCGAAGAGCUUACUGUGCUACCACCUGCAGAAUCUGCUAA